AUAAUGCACGUUUUGUUUUGAACAGGACUGGCAUGCUGUGUGCUGCUGACGGUCUGAGUUACAUUACAGCGCCGCUGGUUCAGAGUCGGACCUGUCUUUAAUAACCCGGCGACAUUAGUGCUGAAAGUACGCGUGUGCAGUGUGCAGUAUGCAGUAUGCAGUAUGCAGUGCGGUAGAGAGCACUGACAGCGCUGCAGUAAUUGGUGGCAGUGUCCUGGUCAUUACGUGCUGCGGGCCGCGAUAAAAUGGGUCCAAAUCGCUGUGAAAAGUUAUAAAGAUUUAUAAAGAGAGAAAAAUGGACUAUAGACGCAAAAGGAGACUGACGUUCUUCACUAUAGGACUGAUCUUCUUACUGAGCGGCAUUGAGUACGCUGUGAUUUUGCCCACAAUAUGGAGGUAUCUGCAGACGUUAAAUGCAGCACCGUACUUUCUUGGUCUCAGCUUAUCAGCGUUCAGCUUCAGCGGGCUUCUCGCUGGUCCUUUGUUUGGCCUCUGGUCAGAUCGCGCACUCUCCACCAAGAAAAUCAUCCUGUUCGCCAGUGUUUUUGAGAUUGUUGGUAAUUUCAUGUAUUUUAUGGGAUACUCCAAAUGGUUAUUGCUCUGCAGUCGUCUAGUUGCAGGUAUUGGCACUGGUGCUGGAUCAUCUAUCUUCAGCUUCUUGACUAGAAAUACAGCCUCUGAGGACCGUUCGACUGUUUUCGCUGCGGUUAUGGCCUGCCGUCAAGCUGGGCUUCUGAUUGGUCCUGCAUUCAAUAUCUUUCUCAGACUCUGUAACUUCCAGAUCGGACCUUUCACAGUGAACAAAUACACUUCCCCGGGGCUCUUCAUGUGCCUGCUGUGGAUCCUCCUUCAGUUUAUAGUCCUGUUCAUGUACUGGGACUUCACUCCUCAAGACGAAAGGUGUCAGAGGAACGGAGUGGAGCGGGGGGAAGAAGAGGAGGGCGAGGAGGGCAAACCUUUGGUUGGGCCCAAUGAGCUCACUGGCUCAUACGGGACGGUCACCAGCGUCCAGUCCAGGACCUCUUCAGUGGCCAACGGUGAUGUGACUCAUGUUUCCCCUCCGCCUUCACCUCCACCUGAGGACCUCAGCUCCAGUCCCUUCAAGAACUUCAGUGCUAGCAGAGAGUUCCUCAGAGAGGAGGUGGUUGUGCUGUUGGCUGCUCAGUUUAUCACACUGUUUAAUCAGACCGCUCUGGAGACUAUGGUGACUCCUCUGACACAGAAGUUCUUUAACUUCGGCGAGUUGGAGAACAGCAUCAUGUACUGUCUGUGUGGCGUCGAGGUGAUCGCUGGCUUCCUGUUCGUGCGCUGGUUGAGCAAGCGUGUGGCGGAGCGAGUGGUGCUGGCUGUCGGCCUCAUCCUCUGCAAUAUCUCCUGUGUCUGGUGCCUGAUCUUCCUGGCCAAUCCGCAGGGAGGAUUUGCGUGGCAGCUGGCGGAGUUCAUCAUUGGUGUUUUCCUUCAGGUCCUGGGCCUUCCUUUUGUGGCAGUUGCCCAGGUGUCUCUCUUCUCCAAAAUUACAUCAGAGAAGACACAAGGGUUCAGUCAGGGGAUUCGGCGCUCUGUCGGAGGACUGGGCACCAUUCUUGGGCCUCUCUGGGCGGGCGGUCUGACCUUUGACCUGUACGUGAUGCUGGGGCUGAUGAUGGGUCUGCUCGCCCUUCUCACUAUCAUGAUGGUGGUGUCGUAUGAGCGGCUGGUGGAGCCUGUAACUGUAGACAAUCCCACAGGAACUGAGUCUGAAGACUGACACAGGUUUGACGUCAACUAGAUUGUGACACUGUCGGUGAGCUGUUACUGAAUCUUUUGACUCAAUAAAUCUUGAGAACUCAGUCUAGGUUUGACACACUGACAGUUAAUGCAGCUCCAGCUGAAACACAAUCAGUGACCAGUGGAUAACAUCUGGAUUGACUGCAAUACAAAUAAACAGCAGUGAAUGGAGACCACAGGAGAGGGGUAAGACCAACAUAACAAGCAGAAUGACAAAAGCAAACGCGAGGCUGCUGAAUAAAUCAGGUGAAUCUCGGCUCUGUGCAGAGCUUUGAUCAGGGCCAAGACUCUUGUGAUAAAUGGAUGUUUCUACUAUAUUUCCUAUGGAAAUUCCAUUAGAUCAAAUGUUUUAGGAUUUAGAACGAAAGGCCACAUCCCGAGGGAAAAUC